UGUCAAAAAUUGUAAUUUUAAUAUAACCUAAAAGAAAUUCAGUUAUAGUGUGAUUCAGCGCAUUAAAAUUGUUAUUUUUUUAAAUAAAAAAAGUAUUUUUAGAAAUGGCCGAAAAGAAAUUGUAUUCUAUGCAAACAAAUGAAGAAAUUAUUGAAGAAUUGACAAAAGAUUUUAAAAGUUCCUGUGUGAAGGAAGAUAAAACUAAAUCUGUGGAACAAGAAAAUUCAGAGACAAAGAGCAGUAAAGAUGAUCCCUGGGAAAAUAUAGGAAAAAAUCCUGAGGAGGAGGAGGAGGAUAAAAAGAAUGAGAAAGUUGAUACAGCUCAAGAUUUAAUUGAGGAAGAUUUAUCCGAUGAAGAAGAGUUAAAAGAUAGAGAUUUAAACCUAAGUGAAAAUGAUAAAGAGUUAUUAAAAACAGAGGCUGAAUUCCUCAGAAAAGAAGCUAAUAGUCAAUUUAAUAGUGGCGAAUUUGAAACAGCUUUGUCUAUGUAUUCACAAGCUCUGAAAAUUUGUCCACUGUGUUUUACUGAGGAAAGGGCUUUUCUUUUCGCCAAUAGAGCUGCAGCCAAAUGUAAACUUCCGAAUGAAAAACAAUCCGCAAUUAGAGACUGUACCAAAGCUAUUCAACUAAAACCAAAUCAUGUAAAGGCUUAUUUAAGACGUGCUAAUUUAUAUGAAGAAACGGAGAAAUUCGAUGAGGCUUUAGAAGAUUUCAAAAAAGUUUUAACUUUUGAUCCAAGUCACAGCGAAUCUAGUUACGCAAUUCAAAGGUUACCUGGUUUAAUUGCAGAAAGAAAUGAGAAAUUAAAAACUGAAAUGCUUGGUAAACUUAAGGACUUGGGUAAUUUAGUUUUAAAACCUUUUGGUCUCUCAACAGCAAAUUUCCAAUUACAACAAGAUCCAAACAGUGGUGGAUAUUCAGUAAAAUUUAAUCAGAAUCCUAGUUAAAAGGAAGUUUAAUUAUUAAUGAAUAACUGUGUUUACAAUUUAUAUGUUGUUACAAAAAAAAAAUAUAUAUAUAUAUAGAAUAAGGGAAAAUUUUUAAAGUCUUAAAUAAAAAGUAAGUUAUGUUCCAAUUUUUUCUAUAAAAAAUAACAA